AUGGCGUCAGGUUCAGGCCCUCUUACUCUGAAGCUGGCCGCCGUCGCUGCCGUUCUCGCCCUGCUGGUCAUACCUUCCUUGGGACGCUGUCCUUCCCUUGGUCCGGCACCACCGCCACCAGCACAGGCGUCACCGCCACCACCGGAGGCCAUACCACCACCACCACCACCACCGGCGCAGGCACCACCACCACCACUGAUGGCGAUACCGCCAGCGCCUGCGCUGGGUCCGGGGCUAGGACCGCGGCUGGGAUGCGGUGAGUGCCGCGUACAGUGCUUCCCGGCGUGCCAAGCCUCCCAUUCCAUGGACUGCAAAGAGGAAUGCGACAACGAUGAGAGCCGCUGCAAGGAGUGCAGGACCCCAGUGAUCGAGAAGUGCAAGGCCGUCUGCACGGGCAGCUGUGACUGCAGUGCUGAAGCCGACAAGUCAUGCAACUCCGAAUGCUCCUACAAUACAUGCAGCUACUGCGCGUACAGCCGUGACAAGAGCUGCAAGAACGACUGUGACAACUACUGCAACAGCAACUGCUGGGGACCAUAG